AACUUGGAAGUUUAUUAUUUCAGCCGACAAACAACAUGGCGGCUACCGAGCUUAAACACGAGAUUUCACCAGAGGAAGAAAGGCUCGGUAUUUUAGAACAGAAUGAAGAAACGUCCACAACUCGCACACAGAAAAUCCGAGAGACUCCAGAAGACAUUAAGCAAGAGGCCAUCAUUAACUCGCUGGCAUUCCAUCCUAAAGAAGAUCUCCUCGCUGCUGGAGAUGUUGAUGGAGACAUAUAUUUAUACAGAUACUCUUGCAGUGGUGGGGAGAACAAAGAGCAGUGGUCAUCUGGGCAUCAUCUGAAGUCCUGCAGAAAAGUUGCCUUCUCAAGUGAUGGACAAAAAUUAUUUAGUGUGUCCAAAGACAAGGCUGUUCAUAUCAUGGAUGUAGAGGCUGGAAAACUUGUUAAGCGCAUUCCAAAAGCUCACAGCAAACCUAUUAACGCCUUGCUGUUAGUUGAUGAGAAUGUGAUUGCCACUGGGGAUGAUGAGGGCACACUGAAAUUGUGGGACAUGAGAAAAAGCACUUCAUUCAUGUCCCUCAAACACCAUGAAGACUACAUCAGUGACAUAACUGCUGAUCCAAUGAAGAGGACUUUACUUACAUCCAGUGGUGAUGGAACUAUGGGUGUGAUAAACUUGAGGAGAAAAAGAUUGGAACUGCUCUCUGAAAUUCAGGAUGGAGAUCUCACUUCUGUCUCUAUUAUGAAGCAUGGCCGAAAAGUGGUGUGUGGCUCCAGUGAAGGGAUGCUCUAUAUUUUCAACUGGAAUGGAUUUGGAGCAACUAGUGAUCGAUUUGCCCUCCAGGCAGAGUCUGUGGACUGCAUUGUACCAAUUACAGACAGUAUAUUAUGUACUGCCUCUAUGGAUGGAGUUAUCAGAGCUGUCAAUAUCUUGCCCAAUCGAGUGGUUGGUGGUGUAGGGCAGCACGUUGGUGAACCAGUUGAGGAAAUUGCUUGCUCAUGGGACAAACACUUUCUUGCCAGCUGUGCUCAUGAUCAGCUCAUCAAGUUUUGGGACAUUUCAGGACUCCUUGCCAUGAGGGUCAGCGAUUACCGACGGCAGAAAAAAAAAGAUGGCAAUCUCAAGGCACUUAGCAAUAAAGUAUUUGACGGAGUAGAGGCCUUUUUCUCUGGACUACUUGACAUGAACGAGGCGAACAGAACAGAAGACGUAGAGGAUAGUGAGGAAGAGGAUGAUGGGCAGUGAAAGAAACUGAAACACUGAAAGAUGUUUUGUUUUCAAAUUGCUAUUAAUUGUAUUGCAUUUCUUAAAAUCUGUAUUAUCUAUCUCAACCUACCUGUUAUUCUCCCCAGGAAGAAUCUAUCUGCAAAUUAAAAGUGCACUUGAGGUUGUGUUUUUUA